UACUUCUUGUAUGUUUAUUAGGUAUUUUCAAAGAAAUAAAGGGGUGAAGUUGUUUAUAUGGUGGAAACAAUGAUAUAGUGGGAAAGAAUAUUGGAUGAUCUGAUUUUGCUGUGGCAACGAAUUGUUGCACUUGAAAGUUGUACUGCAAUUGUCGCUGCAGUUGAAAUCCGUUACCUCGACUUGAUUCCUCGACUCCACGUACGGGUAUUUACCUACCUAUAUUAUCAAGAGGAAACAGUAUUGAGGUAGAGCGCAUUGAUUGCCGAAUAGGAAUUUAAGGUAACAAUUUAUUGAUAUUCUAUUCGCGACGGGAAUCUGCUGGAGAUAGCGGAAGCUAGCAGGAGGUCGCAAGAGAAACAUUGAUCCAAUCCAAUCACAUUUACACUACAGCAACAGAGAUAUUUAUUUCCAGUCGCACUUUUCAUAACCACAUACGAUCAGAUCGCAAAUAAAUUACGGUUUACAGACUGCAGGAUACAUUUGAAAAGCUUGCACUUAGAUCCUACUUUAGCUACCUACCUACCUACUCUCCCCACACCACCAAAGCCAAAAUUUAAUUACAGCUACGAGAGGAACCACAAUGCCACCACGAACCUUACGCAAACGAGAACGGAGAGCAAGUUCGCGCGACGCAAAUGCGAAUUUAAACGAAAAUAGUUCUCCAAAUACAAUCACAGUGCAAACUACUACGACGACUACAACUACAAUGACGGUUGGUGCAAAUGGGUUUGAGGUUGAUGAUGAUGGAUCUAGGAGAACUAGUGCUGGGAGAACAAGUAUUGGGGAAAAAAGACAGACAGGAUUGGCGGAAUUUGGUAUUACGAGGAGUCCGCAUCCGCAGAAUAGGAGACGGGCGUGUGAGGUUGAUGGGGAAGAGGAUGAGGAGGGAGGAAGUGGUGGAAAUGGCUUAAAUGGAAAUACUGUGAAUGGGACAACAAUGAGCGAACUUACCUAUAGGCAAGAACGAGAAUCUACAAAUACACCUAAACGCAGAAGAACAAGCGGGGCUAGUCGUGUUAAUGGACCGACUAUCGUUUCAGGUUUAGGUGGAAGGGAAUCAAUUGGAGAAAGAGAAACACCUAGGGAAAGGACGAGAGAAAGAGAUGUUACUGUUAGCAUGGAAAAUUCAUUACCAUCCCCUCCGGCUGAGGAAUCGGAGGGUGAUCAGGAUGGCGAUGCUAUUGAAGUUGAUACGGGAAGGAGUUCACCUUCUGAGGAGAAAAGUGGAAGAGGAGAAAGUAAAGAUAUGAGGGAUGACGAGGAUGGAGAAAAAGAGAGGAAUAUUGAUGAUGUGGUUUUUGGGAAUCUUUGUUUUAAGAGUUGGUAUUCGAGUCAUUAUCCUAGGGAUAUUAUUGGUAAUGGGAAUCUGGAAAGUCAUUCUCAGACUGUUAGUCAGGGGAGUGGAAAGAGUAGUAAGAGUGGAAAAAGUGGAAAAAGUGGAAAAAGUGGAAAGAGUGGUAAGAGUGGGAAGGGUACUAAAGGUGGAAGUGACAGAGAUGCUAGGGGAGCAAAGGGAUUACAGGUUGAUAAAUUGUAUGUCUGUAAUUGGUGUUUUGGAUAUACUGUUAGUGGUGGAGAAAUGGCGAGACAUAGGAAAUGUUGUGAAAGAAAGGGAACUGUUCCUGGGAAUUGUGUUUAUGAACACGAGGAGGGUGGGGAGUGGAGUGUAUGGGAAGUAGAUGGAGAGGUUGAAGGUGUAAGUUUUGUCCUUUUUCUUCCCCUGUAUUAUUCUCACAAUGAAAUACAUCCUAACAUAUCGUUACAAAAUAGACCUUUUCUCAAUCUCUCUCCCUUUUCGCCAAACUCUUCCUCGAUAACAAAUCCGUUCUCUAUGAUGUCCAGUCAUUCAAUUAUUUCCUCCUCGUUCACACAGAUCUCGAUACUGCCGAAAGACAAAUCAUAGGUUUCUUUUCAAAAGAGAAAAUGUCCUGGGAUAAUAAUAAUCUCGCUUGUAUCCUGGUAUUCCCUCCUUGGCAAAAGAAAGGUCUGGGAAGUAUACUCAUAGGUGUGAGUUAUGAAAUUAGUAGGAGGGAGGGUUUACUUGGAGGACCAGAGAAACCAAUAAGCGAGUUGGGAAAAAAGGGGUAUGGAAGGUUCUGGGGUGCAGAAGUGGCGAGAUAUUUGUUGGAAUUGGAGGAAGGUGACGAUAUUAUGGAGGGUGUAGAGGAAGAUGAGGAAGAAGAAAUUGAAGCUGUGAAAGUGGUUCAAAAGCCAGUGGCUAAGAAACCUUCAGGAAAGGGUAUGGGGAAGGGUUGGAGAAAGGGUAUGAAGGGUGUAGGGAUGCAGCCUCAAACGCUUAAUCAGUCGAAAGAUACGCCGACUGUAUCAGCUAAAUCAACACCAAAACCAGCAAAAUCAGCACCGGCUCCUAAAUUACCGGCAACACCUCCUAUGGAAAAUAACUGUGGUGUAACAACCGUGGAGGCUAUUAGUAAGGGUACAUGGAUAGCAGUAGAAGAUGUACUGAGUGUAUUGAGGAGCAUGGGUGUGCUGGAAAAAGUAGGUGCAGGCAAAACUGGAAAAGGCAAUAAGGGAUAUAAAGUUAAAGUAGAUAAAGAGAUGGUUCGACAAUGGGUGGAGAAGCAUUGAAAUGGAGAGGUAUGUGAGGGAAGAGGGUUUGUGGAGGGUUAUGGUUGGCCUAAAGAGGGAGUCGGGAAGA